AUGGAACCAUCUUCUUGCAAAAAGUGGGAAAAGAACAGGAAGUUGUGGACAGAGAUUACAAAUGGUGGCCUUGCGCCAUAUCUCAAGAAAUUACAUGGCCAGGAUCCAAAAAUAACAAAGGAAUUUGUGAACCAUUGGUAUUAUGGAACCCUUACUGCUUUCAGAGCAAAUUUGAGAAUUGAUGAGUCCUUUUUUUCUGAGAUCACUAGUUUGAAGAUGGAUGGCAAGAAGUUCUAUAGGGAGAGGAAAGCUACGAAGGAAUUCCUUUCGGUCUUCUUCAAUAAACAGAGUGAAAGGGAUAGAGUGCAGAAGAUGGUGGACGGAGGACAUAACAAGAAAGACCUUAUGACACCCUGGGAAUACAUGGUCGAAGUCAUUAUGAGCUCACACUUUGCCAGCGCCAAAACUUUCAGGUAUGGGGAUUUCAACGAAUCAAGUAUAAUACUGCUAAAGGAUGCUUCACUACACUCUCACCGGGUGCUCACCCUAACCAAUCAAACCCGGCGUUCAGUGGGCCGUGUUCUGUACCCCAACCCCAUCAUUAUAAAAGACCGCAAUAAUUCAGUUUUGUCCUUCAGCACUACCUUUGUCUUCUCCAUUGCUCCAUCUAAGGGCCUGGACGGGAAUGGGAUGGCCUUCAUUAUGGCUCCCAAUAAGUCCGUCGUAGGCGCCACAGAUUCGCAGUACCUUGGACUUGCCUCGCCUACAACAAAUGAUCUCGAAUCCAACCAUUUUUUUGCAGUCAAGUUUGAUACAGUUUAUGACCUUGAUAUGGGAGAUAUAGACGAGAACCAUGUUGGAGUUAACAAAAAUGGCGUUAAGUCCUUCGAAUCUCAGCCGGCAGCCUAUUGGGUUGACAAAGAUCAUUUUAACAAUUUGAGUCUGAACAGUGGAGAGAAUAUCCAAGCCUGGAUUGAUUAUGAUCAUGUUGAAGACCGGCUUAAUGUGACUGUUGCAGUAGUCGGGAUGGAGAAGCCUGUACGGCCGUUGAUAUCCGUUACGAAAUUCAAUCUUACUGCAGUUUUGAAGGAGGUGUAUGUGGGGUUUACUGCAUCGACAGGGUCUUAUGCUAUUGAAGAUCAUUACAUUCUCGGCUGGAGCUUCAGUACGGAAGGUAAAGCACCGCUCCUAGAUCUCUCGGAUCUCCUUUCAUUCAUCAAGAAAAAGCCGAUAACUAAAUCCAGAGGCUUUACGGCCGGUGUGAGUGUAACAUCUCUGGUUGUGUUCCUUGUAGCUGUUCUCUUUGCAUUACUUAAAGUGAAAGAAAUAAAAAAGAGGGAGAAGAUUGAAGAAUGGGAGCUAGAGUUUUGGCCUCACAGAAUUCCCUACAAAGAGCUAAAAGCUGCCACACAAAACUUCCGAAAUGACCAGCUGGUGGGCUGCGGGGGCUUUGGACGGGUUUACAAGGGCGUUCUCUGCAGAAGCGGCCUGGAAGUUGCAGUGAAAUGCAUCACAAAGGACUCCACUGCAGGAACGAAGGAGUUUAUUUCUGAAAUCUCCAGCGUGGGUCGUCUCCAGCACAGAAACCUUGUUCAGUUGCGGGGCUGGUGUAGGAAAAACAAAGAGCUGUUUAUUGUUUAUGACUACAUGCCAAACGGAAGCCUGGAUAAAUUGAUAUUCCCAAAUCCAAAAGCAAAAGCAGAAGUUCUUUCUUGGGCUCGAAGAUAUGCAAUUCUGAAGGGCAUCGCUGCAGGGUUGUUAUAUCUUCACGAGCAAUGGGAACGCAGAGUGGUUCACAGAGACGUGAAAUCCAGCAACGUGUUGCUCGAUUCAGAGCUUAAUGCAAAGCUUGGAGAUUUUGGGCUUGCUCGUUUGUACGAUCACACGCAAAAUCCACAGACAACUCGGGUGGUGGGGACUGUUGGGUAUAUCGCUCCAGAAGUCACAAAUACAGGGAAAGUUACUCCAAGUUCCGAUGUAUUCAGUUUUGGCGUUGUUUUGCUGGAAGUUGCAUGUGGCCGGAGGCCCGUAGAUUUGUACAAGGAGAACGAACAGAUUGUUUUGGUGGAUUGGGUGAAGGAUUUAUACCAAAAUGGAGAAAUCUUGCACGCAGCUGAUCCAAAUCUCGAUGGUGUGUAUGAUGCGGAAGAAAUGGAAUUGGUGCUGAAAUUGGGAUUGGUUUCUUCUCAUCCUGAACCAGAAAAAAGGCUUGGCAUUCGAACUGUCCUGCAAAUACUGGAAGGCCAGCCGCCUUUUCCAUCUCAUCAAAUUCUGUGGAUUUCAUAUGAUACGAGUUGCAAAGAUUAUGGCAGCGUUGUUGUUCAUAUUACAGAUGAAGAAGUAACUGCUGAUCAAUUGGCUUCCGUUCCUGUGUCUGUGGAAUCUGCAACUACUUCAACAAGCCAUGGUUAUGACAAAGAUUCUGAUUAUGAUUUGUAUGUUUGUGCUGUGGUUAGCAGCAAUUCUCUGUUCUCUCGUUUCGCUGCUCUCCAGCCGUUGAAUCUCUGUACUCAUUCUACGUAUAUUAAUAUCCUUAUUCCACCUCUCAAACAGUUGUAG